ACAAGCUGGCGAUUUCGCUGGAGAUCGCGUCUUGCUAGAACUCUUGCUGACGGUCUCGCUGAUGGUCUCACUAGAGGUUGUUUUGCUGGAAGUUGUGCUAAUGGUAUUGCUGCCGGUCUCGCUGGAGGUCGUUUCGCUGGAAGUUGUGCUAAUGGUAUUGCUGCCGGUCUCGCUGGAGAUCACGCUGACGAUCUCUCUGGAGGUCUUGCUGGUGAUCACGUUGACUGUCUUUCUGGAGGUCCCGCUGACCCCCUCGCUAGCCUGAUCUCCAGUGAGACCUUCAGCGUGAUCUCCUGCGAGAUCUCCAAAAAGAUCGGCAGCGUGAUCUCCAGCGAGACUUCCAGAAAGACCGUCAGCGUGAUCACCAGCAAGACCUCCAGAGAUAUCGUCAGCGUGAUCUCCAGCGAGACCUCCAGAAAGAUCGUCAGCGUGAUCACCAGCGAAAUUUCUAAAAAAGACCGUCAGCGUGAUCACCAGAGAGAUCUCGAAGAAAGACCGUCAGCGUGA